CGCUGAUCCCGGUGCGGGCAUUUGAUUCCCUCCAAGAUCUUCCAAGAAUAUCUGCCAAUUACCCUACAAUCUACAGCCAUGCCACAAGGCGUAGUGGUGUUCUUUGAUCCGCAAGGGUAUGGAGUGAUCAGCCAGGACAGCUCGGAACAAAAAUUUCCUUUCUAUGGCACUGAUAUUGUCGUGGGCGAAGACGAAGAACCCUCUUUUCCACAUCCGACUACCAAGGUCCAGUUCGAAGUGGAGGAGCAAGAUGGGCAAAAACUUGCUGUCAAGAUCAAAUUCAUCAACUAAGAGAUAACCG